ACACAUGGAAGUCAGGAGGAGUUGCAGUUUAUCCCACUGCAGAAAAUGUCCUUAUCAUACCUAGUCCAAGCCAUGGCAUGGCUCAACUCCCGGACUCUGGCUGUGAUGGAUACCAAAGAGCACUUGCAUGUGAUUGAUGUCAAGACUCAAGAUGAGCUAGAGACUGUGGAUCUUGCCCACCUUGGCCUGGUCUAUGCUUCUGCACACUUCAAAGCCAUUGCCACUGGAAGCAAUGUCAGUAAAGCAAUGGCACUGGCAGGUGAGAGAGCCUGUUAUCACUCCAUGGUCAGUUUUGGAUCACAGGUUUUGCUACUUGGGACAAAAUCAUUCCAGGUAGUCACAGUGCGCACGUGGGUGGACCGGCUGGACCACCUUGUUCGUGGGGGACAUGUCCGUGAGGCUCUGCAGCUGGCAUUAGACAUAUAUCAAGAUAAGGCUCAAGCUGUUGUAGGACUCAAACAUAAGAAAGAGAAAAGACAAUUGCUUGUUCAAGAAAAAAUCAAUGAGCUUCUUAAUCAGUACCUUGACUCUGCACUAGAGAAGCUUCCAGAACGAAACAACUUGGAAGGCCUGAAUAAGUAUUAUACCCAGUUGGUCCCUCUUUGCGUCCAAGUUGCUGUGGGAGCUCACCUUCGGGAACUGCUGUUUGGGAGGAUGUGGGACCUCUUCAGUGAAGAUGCCAUAUCCAAAGGCAUUUUCUUGGAGUCACUAGAGCCAUACAUCCUGAGUGACCAGUUGGCAGACAUGUCACCUAGCAUAUCGCAGUGCCUCCUGUCUCACCAUGAGGCAUGUGGCAGACUUCAGGCUGCAGAAGCUUGCAUUGUCCACCUACUGGUGACAUCCCUUGACCUCCACCAAGCCAUGACCCUUUGCUGGACUCAUGGACUCUAUGAUGCUAUAUUCUACAUCUACACCCAUGGCAUGAGAGAUUUUGUUACUCCAUUGGAAGAACUCAUCACUGUUUUGAGUAAUGCUAUGGAUAGUGGCAAAGCCUUAACUGAUAGUCAGGUGAUGCUGGGAAACAAGAUUCUUGUAUAUGUGUCGAGUUGCCUAGCUGGACGUGCAUACCCACGGGGUGAGAUUGACCCAGAGGAACUCCAGCAAGUUAAACAUGAAAUAUUCAAGUGUAUUACAUCACUUCAUUCAAAAAAUGCAAAGCCAACUGAACAGGCUUAUCCUUUCCUAAGAACUCUGUUAAGAUUUGAUACUAGGGAGUUUUUGAAUGUCCUAGCACUAGCUUUUGAGGAGGCCGAGUUCACCUCAGAACUUGGGAUGAUCCAGAGGCAGCGUGUUGUGGAUAUCCUCCUCCAGGUGAUGGUAGAGGGAGAAGGCUUUGGGCCAGCUCAGUUGGGAGGACUCUUCACCUUCAUAGCACGUCAGAUGUCCAGGCAACAGGGCGCCAUUGCAGUCAACAGGCAGCUGUUUGAUCAAGUUUUGUGCCACCUAACAGCUCCAGAUGCAUCAAGUCACCAUGAGGAACGUCAAACAGCAUUACUAGAGCUCUUGCAAGAAGGUGGUCUUGUACAUUACAAGGUGGAACAACUGUUGGAGAAAGCACGGCAAGCAGGAUUUUAUCGAGUGUGUGAAUUCGUGUACGAAGAAAGAGGAGAACAUGAAAAGAUUGUUGAAUGUUACUUACAGGACAAGAUGAGGAAACAUCAAGUGUUUACAUAUAUACGUUCUGUCCUGUCAUCACCUCAGUUCACAGACUUGCAUGCACAGAAGAUUCAGCAGCAGUUCCUAAAACAUAUCAAGAGUCUCCUUGAGAUUGAUAGCAGCCGGGUAGCCAGCCUACUGCUGACCAUGCCACAGCUGACCCCUCUGCUGCCAGAAGUCACUAGCCAUUUGAGAGGAGAGCCACAGUUACUGUAUAAUGCUCUUCAUGCACUCUUCACUUAUAGAUCAACCCAUGCCUCUCCAGGGGGCCAUGGGGUGGACAACAAUGAUGGUACUCUCACACCAGAACUACAGGAGGAGUAUAUUGAUCUCAUGUGUCAGGUCAGCCCAAGCCAGGUUUAUGCAUACCUCAAGGGUGCUGAGGGGUAUCGCCUAGAGCAGACACUUGAGAUAUGUCGGCGGCACAAGCAGCAAGACUCGACAGCUUUCCUUUUAGAAAGAGCAGGUGACAUUAAGGGUGCUUUCGACAUUCUUCUGAAUAUACUGAAGUCAAAAGUUGAUGAUCUUUUGACUUGUGUGAAAGCUGAGGGGGCAACCAACUGCUUGCUUUCAUUGGGUCAUGUUCAAGCACAGGUUGUGAAAUUGGUACGUGUAUGCCAGUUGGGUUCAAGCCAGCUGGAGGAAUCAGGUCGGAGAGAACUAUGGUUUCCUUUGCUUGAUGUGCUGCUCUCCACACAGCCACCAUUGGCACAUGAUCAGCAGCUUGCUCAUGAGAUGCGAGGAAUGGUAGGCCAUGUGGUCAACAGUAUGAUGACCCAUAUCUCCCUUCCUGCAAUACUAGAGCGUGUCAUGCAUGAUCCUGGCUACUGUGAUGGGAACUUUGCUCAAAUCAAGCAUCUGUUGAAAGGUAUGGUGGAAAGGUAUGUUUAUGAAGAAACCCUUUAUGCUACAGUAAUCAGAAUAAUAGCUGGGGAUCAACUUAGCUACCUAACAAUGCAGCACAGUCAAGCAUGUUCUCCCCUUAUUGUGUAUACAACUACCUGUGCCAUCUGUCACAGUGUCUACCACCCAUCAAGCAAAGCAGUUGCUCAUAGUUGUGGUCAUAGUUAUCAUGCUCGUUGUGGUGGAGAAGCCCCUGCCUGUGUGCUCUGUACAGGCAGCAGCCAGGAGGAGCAGGCAGCUGAUCAGUCACAAGGUCCUGAUUCCAUAGAGGAACCAAGUGUGGGGCUUGACGAUACCCAGCUGGAAGGCAUUCGACGAGUGAAGGCCCUGAGCUUUGGAGGGUCAAGAUUACAGUUUUUGGAUGAAUUAUCAACUCCACGUGGAGGACCUCCAACAGACAAUACAUCUAAGGCGAAUCAAUCUUGGAGGAGCUCUGGGUCAGUGUCAGGAAAUCAGGACAUUUGGUCGUCACAAGACUUUGCCUUAAAAUUAGCACCACCAACCAUAGACUUUGAAGGUGAAGCCAACUGGUGAUCCUUAAUCUUAAAAUGAGAUGUAAAAAUAGUCCUUUAUUAAAGGUGAAGAAAUAGUGUCUUUGCAGGGAAUAUGAAAAGAAAGAUGCAACAAGUGCUUGGCAAAAAGUUCAUAAAAUAAGUCUAUGCAAAAGCUUGUGAAGAUCAUAAAGUGUAAAUCAGAACAGUAACUGAGACCCUGUGAAAUAAUUUCAAGAAGUCAAAUGGCAAUACAAGGACUUAUGCAAUUAUUUUUCUAAUAUCACAGGCGGGAGUGAUCAACAUGAAUGGAAUUUCAAGUCUGAGAAAACCAAAGAUAUGAUUUUGCUCAUAAUUAUCAGAUAAUACUUUCACUGACUGAAAGCAUUUCCAGCACAAAGGCACAAACUGUGUUUACAACAUGUAAAGUUAUAUAUUCAUAUAUUUUCACAAUAGUAAAAUGAUUUAUAUAUAUAUAUUUGUGUGAAUGUCUCUUGUGAAAUUAUUUCAUGUAAUUUUCCUUUUUUAUCUAUUUAUUUAUUAUCGUUUUCUUUAUUGGAAAAGAGGGGUGGGAAAGACAACUGACUACUUAGGAAAACAAGCUAUAAUUAAAGGGGCUAUAGGAUACAUAAUCAAACUAAACUCAAAAUUUCUAACAGAAGCCCUCCCGUAUGACUGAUUUUUCCAGUUGAAUUAAGUGAAAAUCAGGCUGUUUAAUGGCAGAUAUUUAGAAUAUGUAAUUAUUUACAUAUGAAAUUCAGUAUUAUAACAUCUUAUUUUAUAUUUGUCAUCUGUCCUGUAUCGUAAUUACUUCUGUGUAUUUACUUUAUGUUUAUUUAUGAUAUAUUUAAGUCGUAAUACUAUUGAAAUUGUUCUUUGAAUACACAGAAGGUAAUAUAUGCAAACAGUAUUUCAGUACCAAAAGGAGUGUUUUUUUUUUAUUUACAAAAAACAGUCAAGUAACUAUAAAAUACCAUGGCAGCAAGUUAAUAGUCAAUGGUUAGUAUAAACUAUGCUUAUUCCAGACAAAUGAACUAAAUCAUUAUGCUGAUUAUCUAAUCAAAGUGCAUGACAAGAUAAUCACAUAAAUUGCAAUACGAAAUCACUUUUUUGUCCCUUAUAUUUUUCUGGCUUCACUUUUACAUUCAUUUUUCUUAAGAUGUUGUAUAUUUAACUUUGAUAACAGAGUUACCAAGUACUCUCAUUUCUUAAGAGCUUUAAUAUCAAGUCACAGAACACAUCCACUAUUGUCCAAUGCUGCUUUUACACUUGACAAAUCAUUUUUUUCUGAUGAUGCCUCUAGCAGUUUGACUAAAUGAAAUAUAGAACAAUGCUCAUGAUAUUUUGAUAUAAAAAUUAAAGUUGGGCUGAGGAUGUAAUGUGUAAUAUGCUCAUUAUUUGUUUGUUUUUAUCCCUGUGAGUUAUGUAGAAUUGUCUUGAUAUUUUUUGAAUGGUAGCUUUAUCCAUUGCUUGGAUGAAGGUACUUGUCAGCUGUAAUUGUUAUUUAAUUAAGUAUUAUAAUUUUCAUCUGUAAAUUCCUAGUCCAUCAUGUAAAAAUACUUUAAUGUAAAUAAGAUGCAAAAUUGUGUGACCUAAUGAAGGGGUGCUAAAAACACCCUAUUAUUUAAUUAUUGUUUAGUCUAUAUAUUUUCAGUCUAACUGUGAUGCAGUAGAUGUUGAUUUUUAAAGAAGUUACAUAAUUGGUUUGAUCAGAGAAAACUAUUGUACUACCACAUUUUUCUUUAUUUAUUAAGUACAUGUUCAGGAUUGCAUCGAUCCCAAAGUUAUUGUAAAGUUGUAAACACAAAUAAAUUAUUUGCAUACCAAAAAGAUUUCUACAUAGGAAAGUCUUUUUUUUUGUAGCUUCAGAGCUUAAAAAAAACUUGAUAAUGUCACUCAUAUAUUAUGAUUCUUAAAAACUUUUGAACAUUCCACAACACAUUUGUGAGUUGUACUUCUUUAUUUUGAAUAAGAUAUACUCAGAAAAAAUUAUAUGAUUUAUGACUUCAGAUUAUGAGAAGUGAUGCUGUUUGAUAUCAUUUCUUUUGAAAACUUUCCUUCCUUAGGAAUUAAAAACUGAGAAAGAAUUAAGAGAAAUAAAUGAUAUAAAUUAA